AGCAAUGGGCGAGUGAAGGGGAGGUACCGAUCUCCAGCCAGCUGUAUAUAAGGCUGCAACCAACCAGGAUUUCUGUGAGCUGUCCACAUUUUGGUAACCAGUAUGCUGCGGUACGUUGUGGCCUUCUGCCUCCUGGCUUUGUCCUGGGCACAACAGAACUGCCAGGUGGCCAACAUCCAGGUUAUGCCGAACUUUAACAGGACCUUGUAUGCAGGGACAUGGUAUGCCGUAGCAAAAAAGGACCCAGAGGGUUUGUUCUUAAUUGACAACGUUGUGGCCCAUUUUCAAAUCGAAGAAGAUGGCACCAUGACUGCCACUGCUUCAGGCAGAGUCAUCAUCCUCAACAACUGGGAAAUGUGCGCCCAAAUGUUGGCCACCUUUGAGGAAACUCUUGAUCCUGCCAAGUUCAGGAUGAAAUACUGGGGAGUUGCAAAUUACUUGCAGAGUGGAAAUGAUGACCACUGGGUGAUUGCCACUGACUACGACAACUACGCCGUCCACUACUCCUGUAGGGUAGUGGAUGCUGAUGGCACUUGCCUUGAUGGCUACUCCUUCAUAUUCUCUCGUCAUCCGACCGGUCUGAGGGCCGAGGACCAGGCCACCGUCACCCAGAUGAAGGCGGACAUCUGCAUGCUGGGCAAAUACAGACGCGUUCCACACACCGGUUUCUGCGACACUGCAACUUAGUUUUGAAGCACCCACCUCUGAUACUUUUGCUGAUUUUGGACUGAGGUAUCUCUCCUCUACUGUCUUUGUCUAUCCUAACAGAGAAAGCAGCCCAUUCUUCUUUAAAAAUAAACUUUAAAAAAACAGCGAAUUAUAAACUGUCUACACUGUAAAUAGAAAUGUGCUUAUUAGUAGAGGAGACCUUUUUAACAUUUUAUCCUUAACACCUGUCACGUUUCGUUUUUUGUAAGCUCUUCAGAUUAAUGUUACACGAGCUUAUUUAUCAGUUGAACUUUAGUGGUUAUCGGAUCACUAAAACUUUUCAGGCCAAUGUGACACACAAACAGUUGUUUGGAUCUCAGCUCAAGGUGAACAUUACUGCAACUCUGGACUAUGACCACCAUGUUUACUAUAAAAAGACUCAGAGUCACUGGCUUCAUUUUUACACUGAAGGACUUACA